AUGCCCUCAAACAAAUCUUAUCAAGCUGUUCCUCAGACGGAAGAUACCUUUUCGUCUCCUGCUGGUGCUCCUCCUCCGCCAGCCUACGGCGCUGCCCCACUCCACCCGCAACCUCGCUCCGAUGAUGUCGCCAGCAAUGACUUCAAGAUGGGUCUCGUUUCCCAAGUUGACAUUGUGAUUCGCAUGGCAUUCGUCCGCAAAGUCUACUCCAUUCUCUUUGCUCAACUCGCCUUGACUUCUGCCGUCGGUGCCUUCUUCAUGUUCUGCAAGCCUGUCCAGGCAUGGAUCCACCAGAACCAGUGGAUGAUGUUUUUGUCGUUAUUUGGUACGAUUGGGAUGAUGCUCGCGUUGUUUUGGAAGAGGCAUUCGUACCCGGCGAACUUUUAUUUGUUGGGCGGGUUUACGUUGUUGGAGGCGUAUGCGGUCGGUAAUAUCGUUACAUAUUACGAUACGAUUAUCGUGCUUGAGGCGACCAUCAUUACGGCUGGUUUAUUCCUUGGGUUGACGUUGUUUACAAUGCAGUCCAAAUGGGAUUUCAGUGGUAUGGGCCCAUACUUGUUCACUGGUUUGUGGAUGUUGAUUAUCUCGGGAUUCGUGGGGAUGUUCUUCCCUCACAACGGCGUUUUCGAGAUUGUAUACGCUGUCGUUGGAGCUUUGAUCUUCAGUGCUUACAUCAUCUACGACACCUACUUGAUCAUGAACAAGCUGUCCGUGGAGGAGUAUAUCGUUGCUGCGAUCUCUCUCUACCUCGACAUCAUUAACUUGUUCUUGAACAUCCUCCGUAUCUUGAACUCGCAGAAUGACAACUAA